AGUUAAAGCGCCAGUGCAAGAGGAAGUUGUCGUGGCGUGUUAAGGAGGGGCUGAUUAAUCCGAUAUUAUUAAGGGGCUUGCAGCCUCAGCGUGCUCUGCUGCACGUCUACUCGGAAGUAAGUCGUUUUGGCUCCCCUGGGACUUACUCCCAUGUAAGCGUGUCAUGCACUUUCGGGCUGCAGCAGCUUCGCUACCUGCAAAGUGGGCCUCACGGAAGGAAGCCCGGUGAAAGGGCCGAAAAGUGGAGGGGAAGCCUGGCUCCUAUGAGGGAGGGAAUGUCCGUCCCCCCCCCCCCCACGGGCAGCCUCAAGGGCAGCUGAAUGGCCAUGUGGUGUGUAGUGCUGGUCUCCCAGGGCUUGGCAGACCUGGGUUCAAAACUCCGUUCAGUCAUGGCAGUCUCUCUCUCUCUCUCUCAUCUUAACCUACCUCACAGGGUUGAUGUGAGGAUAAAAAUGAGGAGGUGAGGGGAGAACCAUCUACACCUCCAUGAGCUCUUUGUAGGAAAGGUAGUGGGAUAGAAAUGUAACAAUAAUGACAAAAAAGUAAAACCUGUAAAAGCUUAGUAAGAAUUCUUCAGAUGCUGAGCCCUCUGGGGUGAGACUGUGGGGUGGGUUUUCCCCCUCUCUAAACAAUGGAACUGGGAAAGGAUAAAAUUUCAGGGAUGCUGUUGGCAGGGAGCCCAUUAGGAAGGCCUGGGUGUUGGCUGCACACAUGCCUGUCAAAAAUGCAAAUAUUUGAGAGGGGAGGACUGUGACAAGUUCCCACAAACUCUUUGUUUCACUGUGGUACAAAAUAGGGUCACCUACUUGGGUGGGGUGGGGGGGCCAGGAUGCCAAUGCCAAGUAGUCCUGGCGCAAUUUGUUUUGUUUUCCCUGCCCAAGUUAAUGCCGAGGACUGUUUUUACGCCGGGCUGUGCUGAUUAAAACACUUACGUCUAUGUUCGGUGGCAUUAGAGAAAAACAAAUUUUGCAGCUGGUAUAAAUCAUGCUAAUUUUGCAUGUUUUAUAUUUAUAUAUUCAGCUUAAUUUGUUCAGCUUGUGAAAGAAGGAAUGAUGCCCAACUCAUUUGGGAUGGGAGGGCUUCGCAAAAGAGCUGAAAGAGCAGGAUCUUCACAACUGCUUUGCUGCCAGAGUGGUGGGAAGUGACCACAAAAGCCAGAGACCCAAAGCUCCCCACAGACCUAUCAAGGAUCCCUUGCCUUCUGGGGAAGUUUGAGACUAAAAAACUUUAUCAGCAUAAAUAAACUUUAUGCAGGAGGAAGUGAACAUGAAUCAAUCUCUUUUUGAGUGAAGUAUGAUAAAUGCAAUGCCCUUUGGUGAUAUGCAGUAACCUUUCUAUUAUUUAUUUUUACAUAUAACAUCAUCCAUGAUGUUCCUGGUGUUUAUAGAGUGCACCAGAGGAGAGCCUACCCACCCUUUUUCCCGCAAGGAGCAUCCAAUGUAUAUUUGAGAUUGCAUGGGCAGGAGGAGGGAAGUGGGAAAGAACAGUGUACCCAUUAGGGAAGUUAUACCCACUUAGGUUUACCUACAGGCAGGCACAGGGUCCAAUGAGACAGCAGGUAGCUCACAUUCAUCAGCCAGCAAGAUUCAUAAGCAGACAGUAAUUGGAACACUGGUUCCCCUGCUCUCUUCACCCACUGCACCCAUAUGGUGUCCCCCAGAAAUUGUUGGAUUCCAUCUCCCACCAGCAAUAGUCAAAAAUGACCCAGUGUUCAGUGGUGAUAGGAGUUGUAGUCCAACAAAAAAACAUGUUGGCUCUUCAGUAGACCCAAGAACUGCAUGGCUGGGCUGACAUAUGCCACCCCCCUUUUCCAUGUUCACUAAUAGAUACUGGAGGGGUCCAACCUUGUGACUUGGCAGGACUUGUGUAAUUGUGUCACUCAGAUCAGUGGCUUUUAAGCUGAGCUUGAUUGGCAGGUGGCUCCCUUAUUUGCAGGCUCAGCAGUUCGAAAAGCAGAGAGGCCUGUUUUAAACGCAUGGCUGGAGGAGAGGUGGACUGGACCGUCAUCGUUUUGACAUGUCAGCACAAGGACAGCGUCUUUGCCUUCCAAAAAGGUGAGUGGAGGCCUUCCUGUCCACACAGGGAUCUGAGCCAACACGUUGCAGGGCAAGGUUAGGGCUGGAGCUGAAUUAAAAAUGAGGGGGGUGGGGUGGGACUCAGAACAAUGAAGUUGGAGUGGAGCUUGUAGGCCGCCUCACUCAACCCUUUGUUGAAAAUCCAGAGCUAUUUUAUGAUUUUGUAAUUUCAUUAUGCUUUCAUGAUUUUGUUGAAGAGCACUGUGGUUUUUUUAAAAAAUGAGUUGGCAGUAUGGUAUUAAUUUUUUCACUGACUACAUCUUGUUGAUCUUAGACAAUACUUUAACUGCUACUCUCGCCCUUUAGGCUAGAUUUGAUGUCUUUGGGGAGGUGGCAGGCUUAGCAGCUAAUUAUGAGCUUUUAAUAUUCUGUUGCCUAACCAAAUGCAAGCCCAAGCAAUGUCCUCCGUCACCGUGAAAUCUUUUAGUAUUUUGGAAUCCACCUGCAGGCGUGGCUGGACCAGCAUCAGACAGGGGCUGGCAGGACUGAGGGAUGCAGGAAAGGCUGGGACCAACCAGGGAGCCACUGACCCUUCCACUCCUACCUCUGGGGCUUCUCACAAGCUGCAGGGAUCCUUCUUCCUUCGCCCUCUCUAUGCUGUGACCUGUGUUUACUAACUGAGUCUCUAUUCAUUUGGCUUCCAGAGCUGGAGAUCCGCAGGGAUCGGGGCUCCUUGGGGCGACAGCCCAUCCUGCUCACGGUUGAAGACCCCAAGGGCCAGGUUGGCAGUGGAGGAGCCACUCUCAACGCGCUCCUGGUGGCAGCUGAGCACUUGAGCGCUCGAGCAGGCUACACGGUGAGCAAGGGAGAACACAAGCGCCAAUUGACCUCCGCCAGCAGAAUCCCCCAACCCUCAUGCCUAAGGGCACCUACUGACUGAGCAGGUAUGGGACGGCAAUGUUGUGAUAUCUGCCCUGGUACCAUCACAGCACUGCAUCAGGCCGAGGCCCCAUCCUAGCCCAGCAUCCUGUUCUCACAGUGGCUAGCUAGGUGCCAACACCCCUUCUCUAUGCAUUUAUGACAUUUAUUUAUUUCUCUUUAAUUUUUUUUAAAUCAAACUAAUAGAAGAUGUAGACAUUUAUGAAAGCAGUAAUUAGAAUGGACUCCUAGGAUCCCUGACCCCAGGCUGCCUCCUUCUGCCUCCUCUGCCCUGCUCAUGGCACCUCUUUUGUCUCUCAGCUUCCAGACCAUUGUAUUUCCUAAUCUAAGAGACCCCCCUCUGAUGUUCCUUCCAGGUGGUCACAUCUGAUGUCUUGCAAAAGGCCUGGAUCCUCAUUCUGCACAUGGUGAGCUCUGUAGUGGGGCUGCACUGACCGUGCUUGGGUGCGAUCCUCAGAAGAGCAAGAAGGCGGUGCCUUGUUUCUAGUCAGGCACCAAGGAGAAGAGCUUCCACAGCAGGAGACUUCCCUCCUCUCGGUGGGACGACCUGCUCCUAAUCCUCAGCCCAAGUACCUGGAGGCUGUGCCUUCGGCCUGCUCCCUCUGCUGCUCUGCUAUUAUGCUUUCCUUCUUGCCAGGGCCGGGACUUCCUAUUUGAUGACUGCAGCCGAGCAUUCACCUGCCUCCCCCUGGAGGAGCCUGCGGCCCCCGCUGAGGCACUCACCUGCAACCUGGACAGCCUCCUUGCAACCCUGAUGCACCAGGUCAGUGGGGCGGAUCCUUGCAGGCUGUCCUGUUUCAGUGCCUUGGUGGGCUUUGCCCUGGCCCUGCUGAGAUUGUGGGCAAGCCUUCCACUCAUCUCCUCUCAGAGGUGCUGCUCCUGCUCCUACAGGCUCAGAUUCCUCCUCCUUGCCUCCAUUUCCAGGUGUGCAGAGGCUCUCCACCAGGGGUCUGGGUUUCCAGCACAGAUAUGCUUCUCACAGUCCCAAUCAUGACAGGUAAGGUGUAUGGGAGGCUGCAAGGACUGGCUGGGAGAGAGUGGUGGUUCUUUGCAAGCCGGAACAGAUUGCGUCCUGAGGAAUGGCUGAAAAGUGCCUUCUUUCUCCUCCCCUGAUUCAUUUUGAGGUGUUCCUUUAAUUUUGAUUUCUAUUUUGGGAGGUUGUGGGUGGGUGUUCCUCAAUGGGCAAAACUUACCAAAUCUGAUGUAAAGCUGCAUGCCUCCCCUCUCCUCCCAGAGAUCGACUGGCAUGGAUUCCAGGGAGUGAGAGUCAUUGCUGUGCCCGGGAGCAUCUCCUAUGCCAGGCAGCAUGGAGUCUACCUCGCUGACACUCAGGUACCUCACCCAAGCCUCUCCCAGCAGCCACCCAGUUGCCCCUAUAACCCCCUGCCUGGGACAGGCAGAGGAGCAUCCUGGAUGACCCUUUCGGCACUUGGGCUGGAAAGCCUCUACAAUUCCCAAAAGUAAUGGACAACAAGUUUCAGGUCCAGAGUUCUUUUGGGUGUUUUCCCUUUGAUGGCAUCCUUCUCCUGGGCUGCUUGCUUUCCUCCAGGCAUUGCUAGACUCCCAUUCCCAUCUCCCCUGGCCAUUAACCAUGCUGCUUGCAGGGUCUGAUGGGAGCUACAAACCCAGCAGCAUCUGAAGAUGCCUCUUCUCAGUUGCCCCACUACUUUCAUGGGUCCCGUAAGAAGACAUAGUUGUGUAUCUUUCCUUCCAGGGCAGAUACUGUAGAUGUGGUUUGGCAGAUGCAGCCCAGAUCAGGACUGUGGAGGAGACAAAGGGUGAAAGCCUCAGUCUCCGGGCUACUAUAAAAAAAUUAAAAAGCCAACCAAGUGAUUAGCACCAUGUCUCGUUAGGCCCUCCUCUCACAGAUAAUUGCUGCCCAAGUGCAUUAGCUGUUGACGCUCCUUGGGGUAACUCUGCUCAUCCUUGUCCCUCCAGGGGGUGGUGCAAGACAUCUUCUACCAAAGCCCCGAAGACCAAAUCCGGCAGUGUGUGGGGCCAGACGGGAAGGUCCCACUGGUGAGUUCUGGGCCUGGGCUGGAGUCACAAGAAGAGCCCUGCAGCUGGAUCUGACCCAUCUAGUGCAGCAUCCUAUUCUCUGUUGAGUUUCUGGAUGUGUGCUCAAUGUCUCCAAGACAUGAGUCACUAUAAAUUGUCGGGGAAGGCUGUCGGAACCCCCUAGAGCUGCAUGCUGAUGGGAGGGACAAGCUGGAAACGUUCCUGUCGUUUUCCUGGGGGUCAUCCAUGCCCCCGGCUGACCUGACAUUCUCACCAUAGCCAAGCAGAUGCCCCCAAGGAAAGGAAGCCCCCAAGCAGGACCCGAGUGAAACUUCACCUUUCCCAUUGUUAUUCCCCAUCAUCUGGUAUUCAGAGGUAGACUGAACCAGAACAAAUGGCAAUCCGUGGAAACCCAAAUUGCUAUGUAUUCUGAUUCUGCAUCAAAGAGCUGGUUUUCCUGUGGAAAUUGGGGGGGGGGGGGGAGGGAGCAUGGACCUGUGGCUAGAAAGUGCAGGGCAAAAAUUAAGUGUGGGUGAGCCCUCAGUUGCAGGGCAAGCCUGCUGCAGAACCAUCUGCCUAAAACUCUUGAAAUCUCACUAGUCUGCAGGGCUGAAAACCCUAGAAAAGCUGAGCUUCUUAUUACCCCUGCAGGUGUGUGGGGUUGUCUUCUUCUCCUCUGAAGCAGCGGAGCAGCUUCUGGCCACCCAUGUCAUCCCACCCCUUGAUGCCUGCACCUACCUGGGGCUGGACUCAGGAGCCCCCGCCAUCCAGGUGAGGCCCUUAAGAAGAGACAGGUUAGGGAAGAGGAAUUCACCUGGGUGGCUGCAGAUGAAUCUGCCCAGGUGUGAAUGCAGCUGGUCUGGGGGAAGUCCCAAGUGGCUGGCAGCAAGCCCCUGGCCAGAGACCCCCACAAUGGAUGGUCGCAGGGCGAAGGCCAGGUGAGUGAGCUGUGGGGCUUUGGGCCCAUUGAGUCAGCCUUCAAAAGGCCAGUACAACCUGAGUUUGAGGCCAAAGUGCUCUUGAAGAUUGUGUUAAGAGUUGCCAAGUCAAGCUGGGGGGCAGCUGACAUGGCAUCCUCUUGGAAUACAGCUCCCGCCAUCUGCAGCCAACACCUGGAGGGCACCAACUGGGGUCUUCCCAGGCCCAGAAUGGGCUGCUGCCUCCAGUCAAUGCGAGUGAUCCAGAGGAUGUCCCCAACACCACCUCCUAGCACAUCUUCUCCUGGGCAAAGCAUUUCCCCUGUUCUCCAACUGCAGCAUUGAGUUGUUGGGAGAAUGUGCUCCCCCCUCCACUUCUUCACAGUAACAGCUAUUGCAGGAAGCAGUGCUGUGAGGAUUGUGGGCACACUAGUGUUCUCAGGUCCUAUUGCAGCUUUGCAAGCCCUUCAAGGCUUCCCUGCCAUGGUGAAUUCUCCUCCAUUUGAGUUACCUCUUCCUGGUGGGUUUUUUUGGAAGCUCAGUGCUCCAGCUGCAAAAUGUUGGGACGCCCAUGUGCACCAAAAUAUGCUAUAACAGAGCUGCAGUUGUGUUGCCCACUCCCCAUCUUCCCCUAUGAGGAGGCAGGUGGCAUUGAGGCUGGACUGGCUUUAGCGUUCCAAUUGCAGUGAUGGUUUCUUGGGUAUUGGGAAGAAUGCCUCAAGCUGCCAAGGACAUCAUGAUCUGACCCUGAGAGGGCUUUUUUGCAUAAUCUGUCACAAUAGCGUUUUCUUCAUAUCUCAAGGGUCAAAGAGCUGCCUUGCACCAUAGAUGGCUGUCCUGCAACUGCAGCUCCAGAGUACUGCUGGCCCCAGAGGUGUCUUUAGCCUGCAUUAGAAACCAGGCUUUUAGUAUUGCAGCAUAAGCUCUCUGGAAUGAGUUUCCAACCAAAAACAGUCAGGCACCCCCUGAGAUGAUGUUUAAGUGCUUAUGGAAGUCCUUUUUGUUUAGAGGAAGGCUUUCCCUGAGGUGUAACCUUACCAUUUGUGGAAGAUCAAUUUUGUACCUGAUGAAAUGUUUUCUUUAGCGUGUGUGUGUGGAAGAUCUGAGUUUGUUUAACUGAUCUUAUUAUUGUUCUCAGAUAUUUGUGUCUGCAUCUUGUUCUGCUUUCAUCUUGUAUUCGGUGGAAUUUAUGCCAUGAUGCAGUCUCAAAUAAUAAUUGCUUGUGGUCUUCCCCCAUCAUUUCUUUCUACUCCUGAAUCCUGGCAGCUUUUUGCAGGGGUGUGUGUUUGUGUGGUGGAGGAGUGGCCUCCCUCCCUCUUCUUGUGACUUAUACAAGUGAGGCUGCCUUUGGCCAAGAAGGAAGCAGCCUAAACAGUAUUCAGUGUUUCCCCCUGAAGCAGCUAUUCCACUUCUCAAUGGGCAUUAACAAUGGGGGGGGCACUUUGAGAAGCCCCUUCCCUCUCUCUCUCCUCUCCUUUUCCAUAUGCAAUACCCUUUUGGGGGGGCGGAAUAACACCUCCCUAAGACAGAGACCUCUGGAGCUUGCACAGCUUCCCUCUUUCUGCACCUUGCAGAACAGUGAGUGAGCUUUCGUCUGAGCCCAGCGAUCCUCCGCUACUAGCCAUGAUGGCUAUUCUCUGCCUCAACCAUUGGCGGUAGUAGCCUUCUGAAUACCAGUUGCUAGAAACUGCAGUUGCAGGAGAGAAAUGUGCUCUUAAUUUUUUUUUGUUUUUAUUAAAGAUUUUCUUGUGUAACAAAUAAACAAAGAGAAAAAAAGAUGGCGCCGGGUCAAGUCUCAACUGAGUCUCUGCUGCGUGAGUAGGAGCUCUAAUGAUCAAAUUACCCUGAUAAAAAGGCUCAACCUAUGAAAAUAUCUGCCAACUUUUAUCAGUAAAAGACUCCAGGAGCUGUCGGGUGGACUUUUAAACCUCCCCUCCCUUUCAAAGCUACUUAAAUCAACUUUGAACCACCUCCCUUGAAAGGCCCAUAAUGCUGUGGGCUGGAUAAAAUAGCCCCAUUUAUUUCUGAGUACGAAGAUGGUACUUACAAGACAAUGUUGCAAAGAAUAAACAAAGAAAAGUACAUAUAGUGUCUCCACUUUCAUUUCAUAAGAGUCUUUACCACAGUUUGUUUGCAUUCGGUAUGAAACACUGUUGUCAUCUACAUUAUGCAGUUCGGAGAAAAGAGAAAGGAGAGAGAGAUGGGGCGGGGUGGGGUGGGGAGAGACGGUAGGGAUAAUGAUUUUCUGUUUCGUAAUGUUUGUGCAGGGUGUUUGUGUCAGCAUCAUGUGCUUCGGUCCUCUAUCAGAGCUUGGCUGAUUGCAAUGUGGUUUGCUUGUAUGCGUGAGAAUGGGGUCGUUGGGUCAGAUUAGUCAUAUUGAUUCAUAUGUUGUUGGGUUGGAUAGGUCAUUAUCUUCUUGGCCUCUAUAUGCGAUAAAGGGGAGCCACACUGGGGUGAAGGUGUCCUCCUUUGUCUGUCCCCGUGCUACUUUAAGUUUGUUGGUGCUCGGUUCCUGCUUGUGGGUUUCUCCCAAGCAUCUGGCUGGCCACUGUGAGAGCAGGAGGCUGGACGAGAUGGUCCACCGACCUGAUCCUGCAGGCUUUCCUUAUGCUCUUAAGCCUGCUUCCUUGCAGAUCCCCGCAAGCCCCUCUGGGUAGCUUUUAACUUGAGAAAGUGUUCCUUCAAUCUCUCCCACCCACCCCAUUUGUUCCUCCAGUCAGUCCAUUGCACAGCUUGGAAACUGUCCCUCCACUUGUCAUGAUGUGCAAAUGCUUUGCUUGGGUGUCUCCUUGUGGAGCCAGAUGUUUCCUUGUCCAGAAGACUCAUUCGCCCCCUCCUUGUUCUUCCCUCAUGCCAGCUCUCUCUCUUCUUCGACAUCCUGCUCUGCAUGGCCCAGGGAGUCAGCGAAGAGGCCUUUGUGAAGGGUCAGAGACCAGGGAUGGGCAGCGGCGACAAUGUCCAGGCGGCAGGGUCAGAGAGAAGUGCCCGUUCCGUGCUGUGGAAAGCUCUCCAUGCCGUGCCUCUCACAAUGGGUGAGGUUGUGAACUUGCCUCGUCCAAUGCCAGCCAGCCUCUCCAGUCUGAUGCUUGGUGCUCUCAAGAUGUUUUGAACUUUGACCCAUCAGCUGUAGCUAGCACAGCUAUACAAUGCUGGGGCUGAUGCGAGUUGUCAGAAACAUCUGGUUGGUGAAAUCGGCCUCCCUUCCACCAUUUGGUGAUGCUGGUUUUCUGGGGCAGCGCAUCGCUUUCUGUCCUAGGGUGUGGGCAAGGGUACCCAGCGGGGAGGCAAGGGGCACACUGCACACAAAAUCCCAAAAUCUGCCUCCAGGGAAACAAGCUUGCAUAUCUCUCCAUCUCCUCCUCUGCAGUGGCGGGAGGCUGUUUUCCUCUGGCAGGAGGUAGGAGAGGGGCUGCCAUCCUGAUCCCUGGGGCAGACAAAACACAUUGGCUUGUAUAGGCAGCUAAGUUCUACUCAGAGCACACCAGAGACAGCUGUGUCUAUUGAUUUCAGUGGGUCUACUCUGUGCAGGACUUGAGCUGGCUACAUAACAUGUUUCUGGCUUCCCUCUUUUGACCUUCCUUCCUGAGGCCUUUGGAGGCCUUGUUGGUGUGGGAUACCCUCUGAGGUGCCAAUUGUGGCCUCUGGCUCCUCCCUCUUCACAGCGUACAUCCCUGAGGGUUGCUAUGACUACAUGACCAUGUCUGCCAGCGACCACAUCCGCCACCUCACGCCCCACCCAGGCAAUGCCCGCAGCAAGGCCUUCCGCAAAGUGGCACAUUCCCAUGUGGCUGUGAGUACCACCCCUGGUUGGGGGAUGCCUCAGAGGCUCUUGAGUGCCUUGUUUUGGUGGGAGGGUCCCUCACGCCACCCCAGCAGCCCUUCUCUGCAGCACAGUUGUGUGUGUGCUUGGCAGGGUGGGGCAGCAGGUGUGAUAUGCAACUGGGUGAAGCUGAAGUCUAUGUGCAUUCUGCUGAUGAGACAACUUUCCACAAUUAAGAUUCCAAAAUUCUGGUUUUAUUGUAAUUUAGAAGGCGUGGGCACAAACUGAGGACGGAAGAAGCAGCUUUUGCCAAAGGGGAAGGGGCAAAGAGCUGCUAUGGGGCUCAUAUGGGGCAGUUCCUUCUGCUAAGCUCUACUCUGGGGCCUUGCAUUUCACCUGAUGCUGCCCCACUUGAUUGCAUGUUUUGCUCCCCGCCCAUAAGGACUAGCAGCUUAUGUAGGCAGAGUCUACCAAGACUGCCUGGACUUCCCUGCCUCACCAUGACCCCUCCUUCUCUUUCUUCCCAUGCAGGAGCCUCAGCUGCUGGCUGAGGGCUGCUCUGUCACCAACAGCCUCUUGGAGGGAGCAGUGAAAGUGGGGCCUGGGAGCGUCAUCCAGCACUGCCGCUUGAAGGUGGGCCAUGCUGGGGAUGGGAGUAAGAAGUUUGGCAACUGCCCUUGUUCUCUGCUGAGCGCCAGAAGUUCUCUCUCUGGCGACACAGGGUCAUCUUUGGUGGAUUUGGAACAGGAACCAAUCCCAGAGCUGAUAUUUAGGCCAAGCCUUGAGGUUUGGCAGGAUCAGGCCCAGGGCAGGAGAUGAUAUGAGGAGGACAAGGACCCAAGGUUCAGUGUGGUGUAGGGGUUAAGAGGGUUGAACUAGGACCUGGGAGACCGGGGUUUGAAUCUCCCACUCAGCCCUGAAGCUAACUGGGUGACCUUGGCCCAGUCAGGGCCUCUCAACCAGACCUACCUGACUGGGCUGCUCUGAGGAUAAACUGAAGGGGUGGAGAACCACAUCCGUCACCUUGAGCUCCUUGGAGGGAAGGAGGGGGGCAGAAAUGCUGUAAACAGGCUGCAGGGAGCCAGAGCUGUUGGUGUUUUGCCUAUCCUCGUUUGCUUUGAGAGUUCUACUCUCCCCAGCCAGCUAGUUGCCUGACAUGCAGGCAGACAGGGUGACAACUGCAGCAACCUUGAGCCAGGAUCUCAGGCCUGCUUUCUCCGGGUGGGCUUUGCCCUGGGGCAGUGGGCAAUCAGUCUCCCCUCUCUCCCAGCUGUCCUGCCAACUCUACUCAAAGAACAAGCCCCAUGUGGACUCUCUGCAGUGGCAGGAGAGCUGAGUGUGUGUUACAAAUGCCCAAGUCCCCUUGGUCUUUUUCUCCAGGGUCCUUUGGAGAUCCACACUGGCUGCCUCCUCACUGGGCUGGACGUGGCAUCCUCCGUGGCCCUCAGGAGCUACCUGCUUCGGGAUGUGGUUGUCCAGGGACACACUGUCAGGCUGAGAGGGAUCCCUUGCAAGGUUUUCACCCUGAGUGGGCAUCAUGAUGACUGGCAGGUGUGUAACAGGAGUCUGCUUGGCUUGGUGGGAAGGAGUCUGUACAGGUUUGAGGCAUCUUGCAAGUCUCUGGGGAAUCCCACUCCCCACAGCAACUCUGCUGCUUCCUUCAGAGAGCUGGGGGCGGCAGUUUGUCUUGAGGCAGGUGACCUCAAGAACCCCAGAACUAUCUGCCCCAUUCCACCCUGCCUCUGUUCUCUUGGUUAUUCCUUCUUCUCUGAGACACUCACACCUGCCCUCUUCUCUCUUUAGAGUAUGGCAGAAGAAGGCGGCACCUACCUGAACAGGCCCUGGAGUGAGUUUUUCCUCCGCACUGGAAUACGGUACGUGUGCAGGUCCCAGCCCAUUCUCUUGAGGGCCCCACACAUCAGCCAUCCCACCCCCACCCUGUGCUGUGGAGCUGCUGCUCUGCCUCCAUUUAUUUUAUUUAUGUACUGCUUAUCUACAAUUGCCCCUGAACAGUGUAUGAAAAGUAUAACACCACUGUGCCGCUUGGACUUGCCGAUUGAAAGGUCGGCAGUUAGAAUCCCAGCAAUGGGAUGAGCUCCCGUUGUUCAGUCCCAGCUCCUGCCAACCUAGCAGUUCGAAAGCACACAGUGCAAGUAGAUAAAUAGGUACUGCUCCGGAGGGAAGGGUAAACAGCGUUUUCAUGCACUGCUCUGGUUCUGCCAGAAGCAGCUAAGUCAUGCUGGCCACAUGACCCAGAAAAUUUGUCUGUGGAAGCGGAAAAACGCCGGCUCCUGUGGCCUUUAAAGCGAGAUGAGCACUGCAACCCCAGAGUCGUUCGUGACUGGACUUAAUUGUCAGGGGUCCCUUUACCUUUACCUGUAUAAAUUAAAAAUGCCUCCUUGGACACGAGCUCUAGGUGCUGGGGCUCAUCAUUAACUAAUUAAGACAAGAUUUCAAUUUGUGCAACUGAUACUCAUUCAAGAGACACUUUCAGGGUGUAUUUCAUAUUCAAUGUACAAUCUGUGUUGCAAGUUUGGAUUUUUGUUCCUUACAGUCCCGUUAAAAAUGAGGGACAAAGCAGCCUUUUUGUUCAUCAUUUGAAGUGGGGGACUUUACUGGUUUGUGGCCUUGUAGCGGGAAGGGCUGGCUGGGGGCUGCCACCUUCCUUCCUUGUGGGGUUGAGGCUGCUUUUCCAUGCUUGGCUGGGUGGUAGUGACUGACAUGCCACCAUCCUUGCCCUGCCCAGGAGUCACGACCUUUGGAGCCCAGACAUCCCUUCCAGCCGCCGCUGCCUGCUGAAUGCCCGCCUGUUCCCCGUGCUGCAUGCCUCCGAGCCCCUGGGAGUCGGGGACGUCCUCUGGCUCGUGGGCUCCCCGCUUUCUCCUCCAGGGGCUGAGCAGCUGCAGCGCUGGCGGACUUCCUGGCGCAUGUCCUGGGAGGAGCUGAAGGGGAGCCUGGACCAGGAGGCGGAGCUGGCUGCCCGCAGGGCCACCUUCUUCUUGCAGGCCCAGAGCAAGACCAAGAGGGUCCUGAUGGAGCACAGCAACUGCAGCCUCCUACCGCUGAUCCGUUCCGCAGCCCUGGAGGGCUACCACAAGGCCAUGCUGGAGACACUGGACCAGGGUGAGACAUACUGGCAGGGUGUGUGUGUUUGUGUGUCCGGGGCAGCAUUUUGCCCUUUUAAUUGCAGGGUGCCUAUAUAUGGGAGUGGAAGGAAGGAAGGAAGUGGGGGGCUCCUACCCAAUGCCUGCCAGCAGCUGGGUGAGAAUUCCACCUUGGUUCCUUCUGGCUGCAGCUGGAUUGCCUAUCCCCCAGUCUGGGGAAGCGGGCAGCUCUGCUUUAGCUAUUCCCAGAGUUCCCUGGGAGUCUGGCAGCUCCACCCACCAGCGCCUCAGUGAGCAGCUCUGCCAUUGCCCAGCCUGGCUGGUUUCAAAGAUGGCGGACUAGCCUUGCCCAUGUGGGUGAAGGUCUUCCUAGAAAGGGUUCUUUCCCCUCCACUCUUCUUGGCUCCAGGGACACUUGUGUUGUGAAUCCACGCAGGCUUUGUGGAGACGGUUCCUCCCAGCCCUCCCAUGGACCACUGGCUCUGGGGAGUUCUUGCAGACCAUUUUGACAUCCAUUAAAACCUCCCAAUGUUCCCAGGUGUAGCCAUUCCCAGGACCAGCCCAGUUUCAAGCCAAAGAGCCACUUUUCAGGCUCUGAGGACACUUCUUGUUUGCCUCCUAGUUGCCUCCAUGGCCAAAGACCCUGGUGUUGCUGCUCGAUCCCUGGCUUGCAUUGCUGACCUCCUGGGCUGCCUGGCCAAAGGGGAAGGGGGCUUACGGAGCGGCCCGGCAGCCAACGCAGCUUGGGCCCAGGCCUUCCAGCACCUUGAGAAGGGGGACAUCCUUGAGGGUGUCAAGGAGCUGGCCAAGGAGAGGAAGAAGUGGCUGGACAGGUACUGCAAGUGUGUGUGUGUUUGUGUGUGUGUAGUGAUAAAGCUGUAUUCCCGCUGGCCCCACCUGUCCAUCUGCCUGGCAAAGGCAAGUUCUCUGUGCAAAGCUCAGUCUGCACAUGACCAGGAACACUUUGCCAUCACUGCUCAAGGCCAUGCUGUUUCCUGCACUCACCGGGAGCAUGGAGGGAAGGAACAUGCUCAAUGUGUCCCCCUUUCAGCUGCUUCAGGUGGGCUGGCCUUGUCUUCCGAGGCCCCAGGGGAAGGGCAGGUGUGCAGUGGCAAAGCACCUGAGCCAAGCUCAAAUCCUGGCAUCAGAUGAUGGGAGGCCUUUUUCCACCUGGCCUGGUUGGGCAGGUCCCUGACUGACUCCAGCUACAAAAGCUGAGGCUCUUGAACAGGCUCUUGGGCUGGGAUGUUGGUGGGGGGCGGGGACAGUUGUUACUGUUGUUGAUAAUAAUUUUAUGUAUAUUUAUUUUUAUAUCUCGUUAAGAUUUAAUGUGGGAAUUGUUAAAUUGGUUGUGCAGCUUCUGGUGUGUUCUAUUUACUGUUUAUGGCUGUUUUUGUUAUAUUUCUAAUUAAGUAUGUUUUUCAUGUUGUAAGCUGCUUUGAGCAUGGUUUUAACUAUGGAAAGGGGGCAUACAAAUAAAACGCUGCAUGUAUGGGAGGGACCCUCCUCCGCCAAGGUGCUGGAGAGCCGCUGCCAGUCAGAGACCAAGGUUUUGAUUCUGCUUCUGAUGUCCAUGGGGUAUUGCAGAGCAGAUGCCUUGGCCCAUGGGGGCCUUUGGAGUUGUGUAAGGGACAGAGGCUCACAAGUGGCCCUCCAGAGCAAGCCUGUGGUGGCAGACAGAGGACGGGAGAAGAAUCUGGGGGCCUGCAUGAGAGAGCUGCCUCUGUCCUGGAAUGCCUCUGAGUGGAACUCACCCCACUGAAAAAAUGGGAAGGAGAGUUUCCUUCAGGAUGGCCUCUGUGUGGGCAAACACAACUGAGACGGAAAAGCACUUGGCCAAUCAAGCAGCCUUCGCCAGCCUGGGACUACAACUCUCAUCAGUCCCUGCAUAAUCUAUGACCAUGCUGACUGACAGCAUCUCAUGCUGAUGGAAGUAUUGGACCACUGCAGGGCACCCAGUUGGAGAAGGCUGUUGGCAGAAGCAGCCCAAGCAACCAGAGACUCCCUUUUCUCCUUCCUUGCAGGCCUGUCCUCCUUGUCCGCGCUGCUCGACACUAUGAGGGUGCCGAGCAGAUCCUUGUCCGCCAGGCUGUGAUGUCCUCCUGCCAGUUCAUCAGCCUCAGGCUGGCCACACUGCCUCCCAUGGGCCGCUGGCUGAGAGCGGCCUGCCCAGCCAGAAUAGACCUCUCUGGUAAAUAGACCUCUGGGCCUGGGCUUGUCAAGUUGCCCUUUCUGGAGCCAGGUAGCCGCUUGCCUCUUUUGACCCCAGGUGCCUUGUGCCCAGAGGGCCAAGCUGGCAAGCCUGGGGAGGCUUGGCAGGGGCCCUUGUCCUUCUGCUCCGCAGAACACGACUCAGUGUGGUCUUGAAUGGAGAGAGGGAGCUUGUGCAGGGGGGAUUUGAUAGGGAAGGGGCUGUGAGUGACGUUUGGCUCCUGCCUUGAGUGCCAGGGGAUCCUUCCCCUGCAAGGCAGAAGCAAGCCCUGGGUUCACUGAGGAGCAGAAGCAUGAUGUGCAGGGUCUCAUGCAAGGGCACAGAGGAUGAGUUGGGUGCAAGCAGCACCCAGCAUCCUUUGCAGCAUUGCAAGGUCUCCUGGGGAGAGUCCCACUCUUUGGUUAUGGGCUUGGGUGGGUGGUUGGGCAGGAGGCGGUUUCUUAUGUGACUCCCUUUGGGCUAAUUUUUGCAGGUGGCUGGAGCGACACCCCUCCCAUCACGUAUGAACACGGAGGCGCAGUGGUGGACCUGGCCGUCCUGGUUGAUGGGCACAGGCCCAUUGGUGCACAGGCCCGGCGCAUUGCCGAGCCAGAGCUGCGGCUCAUUAGCCGCAGCGGGAGGCUGGAGGGAGAGAUGGUGGUGGAGCUGGUCUGCAGAGACCUGGAAGACCUGCGGGAUUACUGCCAGCCUCACGCACCUGGUAAGAGCCCCUUUUCCUGGAGCGGGAAGGGAGCAACUUUACCAAAGCAGCUUACUUGCUUGCUGUGAGGAGACCCUGUGAGAGACUUAUCAGGUGGCAGUAGGGAGCCCUGUACUGGCUGGGCUGUAGCUCAGUGGUAGAAUAGCUGCUUUGCAUGCAGAAGGUUCCUGGUUCAAUCCCCGGCAGCAUCUCCAGGUAGGACUGCCUGAAAUCCUGGAGAACUGCCCCCUGUCAGUGUAGACAAUACUGAGCUAAAUGGUCCCAACGUUUGAUGUUAUAAGGCAGCUUCCUAUGAUUCUAGGCAGAGUUGCAUUUGCUAUAAAAUGUGCCUUUUGUUUUCACAUGUCUGUCGGAGGCCUGAGAGUAGCCGGCCUCUUGCUCCUCUUUUAAUGGGCCUCAGGACCAGCUACUCACCUGCUAGAUCACAGUGCUUUGGAAUGAGGCCUGUUUCUCUGCAAUGCCAUCUUGACUCUUGCUGUGAAUUGUGCCCUCCCUCCAGCGUCACUCCUGCUGAAUUUUGAAGUGCUUCCCUUCCUGAUCUCCCCACCAUGGCCUGUUAGGCUUCAUUGCAUUUCCACUCCCGAGUUCAGAUCCUAACUGCAACCCCACCAGCCCCUUCCCGAGUCCAGGUCUCAUUUCUUUCCACUGUGGGCCAGAAAGGGGCUGUCCUGGCUUCCACCCCCAUCUUUUUUCUUCUUCUUAGGAGCUUUGUUGAAAGCAGCCUUGAUUUGCACCCACAUUGUGGACCUUGCUUCUCAGAAUUCCUUGCAGGACCAGCUGAUGGAACACUUUGGAGGCGGCUUUGAGCUCCGCACCUGGUCACGUCUUCCUCACGGAUCAGGACUGGGUAUGCCUGGCAUUUCUCAAGGGGAGCUAGCAAAGACCUCAGGUCCACUCUGGCAGCAUUUCUCUUGUUGAUGUUAGAGGGGCUUCGUGUAUCCUGCCCUGCCCCAAAAGCAUGAGAUGAGAACCCCAUCCACCUCUCCUUCCUUUCCUCCAUUCAACUUCAGUACUUUUUUAUAUACUUCAACAAACACCCCUAUUGCCUGAACCAUCUUUUGAACACAACACACACGUAACUAGCUGUAAAGUAACAUAACGUGAUAUGUAAUAAAACUGUAAUUUUAAUCAUCAUAUCAAAAAGCACAGUUCCUGAUGGCAACAUAUCUUAUCUUCUAUAUAUAUUGGUAUCGUAAAGUCCAAGGAUUGUCAGGUCCAAAGAUUACAAUGCAGCUCCUGUUGGCAAUGCCAUUUCAUUGCCAACAGGAACUGCAUUGUAAUCUUUGGACUUGACAAUCCUUGGACUAAUCCAAUAUAUAUAGAAGAUAUGAUGCAUUGCCAUCAGGAACUGUGCUUUUUGAUAUGAUGAUUAAAAUUACAGUUUUAUUACAUAUCAUGUUACUUUACAGCUAGUUAUGUGUGUGGUGUUGUUUUUAUAUACUUCUGCAGACCUUGUGCUCCUUCCCUUGAGUUUUCCAAUACCUCCCUCUUGUUUGCCACUGUUGCUCUUUCGGCUGCAGAAGAACAGAAAUAGAAAUAGAAUAUGAGAUGUUAGGUGUAUGGAACCUCCAGUUUCCAGGCACUCUACCAUUGACUAGUACCAGCUACCAGGGAGCAACAGCUGGAGAUGGCUGUUGUAGGGCUUCUCAGAGGCAUCUACAUGGCCAGAGAGGCCUUUGGUCCGGGCCUAGUCUGGCUCUUCUCAUGACAAGGUUCUGGUCUGGUGCUGUGGCCUCUACCCUCCACCCCCGCUAGCCAUGUUGUGCUCACUUGCUCUCUCCUAUAGGCACCAGCAGCAUCCUUGCAGGGGCUGUGAUGGCUUCUUUAUACCAGGCAUCUGGGCACUCCACCAGCGUUGAGUCCCUCAUCCAUGCCGUGCUGCAUUUGGAGCAGGUUCUCACCACAGGUAAGACCUUUUAUUUGUUCUGCUGCACAUGCCAAAGAAACCAAAAAUCCGCAGAAAGGGAGAUGUCUAACUCAGUGCCAUCUUGUCCUCCUUUUCUUGAAGUUAGCCUCAAAUAUAGCAUUAGCAGGGCCUUGAAGGCAUUUCUUCAUCUGCCUUGGUAGCUCAGUCGGUACAGCAUGACACUCUUAAUCUCAGGGCUGUGUAUUUGAGCCCCAUGUUGGGCAAAAGAUUCCUGCAUUGCAGGGGGUUGAACGAGAUUACCCUUGUGGUCCCUUCCAGCUCUACAAUUCUGUGAUCAAGACUUGGCUGAAAUCUCUCCAGCUUAUUUGACUGCUGUGAUUUCAAAGGUGCUGUUGGCUGUUUUCCUCCAGAAGAUAUUUUGGGGUGUUUCUGUCACUUGCACAAAACUGCUCCCUCUUUUCCACAGUCCUGGCCAUGUAUGAUUCCCAUUUCUGUAUGUUUCAUUGGAUGAAUGUUUUUAUUCCUUCUAUGCUGCUCCCUUUAAAAUGUCAUAUCCUGCCCUUCUGCCAAGCAGCUAAGUCAGUGACGUCCUCGUUUUGCAGACUUUUGCCCUCCACUUGAGUAACACAUAAACAGGUCUUACGCCAGUCUGGAUUCUGGUGCCUUCCAAGCAACUGGGCCAGUCCAGUAGCUUCUGCCCUUUGGUUGUGUUUUUGACUUUGCCCUGAAGGAAUGUGCAUAAUAAAAGGCAGAGCCCCCACCAACAGCCCUGCCCCAGACUUGUUAGGAAGACAGGAGAACUAGCCUUGUGAUGAAAGGAUUCUUGUGCAGUGAAAGAGUUUUUCAGAGGCAGCUUUUCAGAGUUGUGAUCUGGGCCUGUGCCCAGCGGUGGAGAGGAGCCAAAAGUGAUUAGAAGCAAGCAGGGUUCUAGGUCAAAGAGGAAAAGGCAGUGGGUGGGAUGCAUGAGAGUGAGGGUGAAGGCAGAGCAGCCCUUUCAGGCCAAAGGGAAGGGCUAGGUUGAUGGCAGGGGGAUCCUCAUUUGCAUCUCUUAGAUAUGCAAUGGAAUGCAUAGGAGGGGGAUCUUUACCGUUUCUCAGUGUCGUUUUCUUUUGAUAAUUACAUUCAGUGCUGCUUUGCCACUGGGGCAGAGCAUUCACAUUCAGAUAAACCAAUGUGGGUGUAUCUAUAUUGGCUGAAGCAAGGAUCUAUUUUUGGUAUUCUGCUUCUUACUCCUACUUCCUAAUAUUGUUGAGGAUGAGACAUCAUGGAAAGGUGCUCAAUCUGACGGGGAAAAUCACUUUUGAUUAACCCCUCUCCAUGGCACGCUUCCUACUCAAAGGGUGCCCAGGAUAGCUUACAACAUAGAACGGGAUAAAACCAACAGCAAAAUACAAUAAUUAAAUGGCCAUCAUCAUUCUGCAGGCCUGGACAAAUAAAAGGACUUCAAGUGAUGUUAAUAAUGUGAAUUCUAUCCCAUGCUUUAUCAUGUCUGAUUAUACAUUUUUAAACUAUAAAAACAUGGUGUAAUAAUUGAAACCGGAUUAAACCAAAGCAGGGUCCUUUUGUCCUUUCCCACAUCAGCAAUUUUACUGCUUCAGAAAGGAAGAGGGUUCCCAACUAUAGAUAAGUCUUCUCUCCAUUGGAUCAGAGACCCCUCCUGCCUCCCACAAGGGAUUCACCUGGCAACUGGUAAACAAGCAGGAUCUCUUCCUCAACACUUGUUCUUGUUCCUUGCAGGUGGAGGGUGGCAGGACCAAGUGGGUGGGCUGGUGCCAGGCCUCAAGAUUGGGCGUUCAAAGCCUCAGCUGCCACUGAAGGUAGAAGUGGAGCAAAUCACCGUCCCGGAGGGCUUCAUACACACCCUGAAUGAGCACCUGCUCCUGCUGUACACGGGCAAGACCCGCCUGGCCCGCAACCUGCUCCAGGUACGGAAGGUGCUUGGAGGUGCCAGUUGUGGCCUGAGGUCCACAGCUCUGACGUACCUUAGAGCAGAGAGUUGUACCUGUCCUACAACAGGUGUACCUUUCUCCCUGUGCUGUUGGCAUGAUGCAUUUCACCCUUGAGUUUUGGUCUACACAGGUAGGAUGACUCACCUGGUAGGGUUGCAUGUAUUCUUAUUAAUAGUUUUCUUAUUGUUUUAUUAACCCCCCUUCACCCUAAGGUCCUAGGGUCAUGUAAAAUGCAAUUUAUUUUAUUAUUUAUUUCAAUUAUAUCCCACCUUUUCCUCCAAGGAGCUUGAGGUGGCCUACAGGGUUCUCUCCCUCCUCAAUUUAAUCUCCAUUAACAACCCUGUGAAGUAGGUUAGACUGAGGCACUGACUGGCCUCCAAGGUCACUCAGUGAGUUUCAUGGUCAUGUGGGGAUUUGAACCCUGGUCUCCCAGGUUCUAGUCCAGCGUUCUAACCAAUGACACCAGGAUGGCUCUCAAUUAAAACACAAUGUUAAAAAGAGUAUUUUUACACUGGCACUUUCCCCAAGGUGCAGGAGGGUGGUUGUAGAGGAGGCAUUUGCUAAGCCUUUCUUUCUCUAAGCACUCUUGAGCAUCAGAAACGGAGGCAAUUUUUAAUUGCUUCCUUUUCUUUCAGGAUGUUCUAAGGAACUGGUAUGCCCGGCUACCCACCAUUGUGCAGAAUGCCAGCGCACUGGUGAACAAUGCAGAGGAGUGUGCCCAGGCCCUUCGGCAAGGUACUGCAGUUUGUUCCUUGGGCAUCUGUACAGCUCAUUACCCAGGGCAGAGGCUACAGUGCCUCUGCUCAAAACACCUUGCGCAGAAACCAUCUCCUAUGUUGAACAGGCUCUCAUUUUGCAGGAGCUACUAGGAUAGUUGUGUGCGUAUGUGUGCUUCAGAGCAACUACCCCAGGCAACAACCAAUGGGAGUAGGAGGGGGCAUCUUUUAAGAUGUCAUCAUGGACUUUAAAGGUAAAGGUAAAGGUACCCCUGACCAUCAGGUCCAGUCGUGACUGACUCUGGGGUUGCGCACUCAUCUCGCUUUAUUGGCCAAAGGAGCCGGCAUACAGCUUCCGGGUCACGUGGCUAGUGUGACUAAGCCGCUUCUGGCGAGCCAGAGCAGCACACGGAAACGCCGUUUACCUUCCCGCCGGGGAGCAGUCCCUAUUUAUCUACUUGCACUUUGCAGUGCUUUUGAACUGCUAGGUUGACAGGAGCUGGGACCGAACAAUGGGAGCUCACCCCGUCGCGGGGAUUCGAACCGCCGAUCUUCCGAUCGGCAAGUCCUAGGCUCCGUGGUUUAAACCACAGCGCUACCCGCAUCCCCAUCAUGGACUUUAGCCUUCCCCAAAUUGCUGUAGCCCAAAACAUCUGGAGGGCAAGCCCCAUCAGCCCCAGCCAGCACUCACUGGUUUGGGGAAAGCAAUUCUAUCUAGCUGGAUCUUGUAGCACUCUUCUUGCUAGAUUGAAAGCAGCAGAGAAGCAGCAGGGAAGAGCAGCCAGAGCUACUAUCUUCCCACUUCUGUGGUAGGCAGCCCAGGUGUCAGAUUUCCCCAGAAGAAAGAAGGCUGACAUGCACACCAUGUGAUUGGAGCCAGGAGCACUGUCUGGCUGUAUCUGACAGGGAAAGGAGACCUAGCAACUUUGCUCUAAAAUGGGCUAAUCGUUCAAUGCCAGAGUGUCCUGUAACUCCUCCUUCUCACCCCAGGCAACCUGGCUCUCUUGGGCAAGUGUAUGAAUCAUUACUGGCUGCAGAAGAAGAAUAUGGCCCCUGGGUGUGAGCCUUUGGCUGUCCGGCGCAUGAUGGAGGUGCUCCAGCCUCAUGUUUAUGGGCAGAGCAUGGCUGGCGCUGGAGGAGGUGGCUUUCUCUAUGUCUUAACUAAAGAGCCCAGGAACCAAGAAGCCUUGCAAAGGAUCUUGAUGGAAACAGAGGUGAGUGGAGCCAGCUCCCAAGUGCCUAUCAAUUGGUGUCUCCCUGCAGAAAUUUCAGCAGGGCACAUUUUGCAGGUUUGGGGUCCAGGAGCACACCCUCUCCCAAGGAAAUUCGGAGAGGGGAAAUUCAGUGGUGGGUGGGUACCAUGUAGUUGCAGGGAGGGGGAGCUUCACACUUGGUAGCUGAGUUUGGCCCUCCAGGCCUCUCUAACAGGCCCUUGAGAUUCUAGCCAGGGUUAGGCCACACCCCUUGCCAAGGCUGCACUUCUCACCAACACUGCUUGGCAUAAUCUUUGAGUGCUUUGGCUGGGCUGUUCAGUUGUGAUGAUGCCUCUUUGCUUGGUCAGAUGGAGACAUGUGGCUGUGAGUAGAAACCUAAUUUUUCAGAGCUAGAAUGUAGCCUCCUGGCCAAAGAGAAGAGUGGCCUCUGCAUUGGCCUGUGACCUUCCAGGGCAUAUAGUCCUGAUGUCAGGUCAGGAGUUGGAGUUGACCCCCCUGUAGUGUUGAAGUUCCACCAGGCUGCAGAACAAAAUAUUCUGACUUAAGUAUUUUGUAGUGAAGAUUUCACUCCCCCUGCAUGCCUUCCUUUCAGGGCCUGGGGAAUUUCAGCAUCCACACUGUGGAGGUGGACACAGCUGGGUUCCAAAUACAGCUUCUGGAGGAGGAUUGGGAACCAUAGGCACUGCAGGGUUUCCUGCCCACAUCCUACAGCUGUGCAGGAUCUAUGGACGAAUGACUCAGUGGCUGAAUUUGGUUUAGUAUUUCUUUGGAAGAUUCAUGCACUCCUUCACUGCAGAUGGGGUGAAAACAGCAGCUGCCUCACCCAAGUGAAAAACAAUACUUAGUUGUGAAUUAGUAGGGCCUGGCAGUCAGAUCUGCAGCAUUCUUCAGGAAAUUACGUGAAGUAAUCAAUGAAAAACUUUUU